CCUUCAUAGCUCAACCUCUACUCAUAUUACCUCAGUCGGCACCACUGUUGAUCUUCAAGGUAGCGUUCAUUAUUUAUCACUGACAUUGGCCCCCGACAUUAGAUUCAUAUACUACACACAGGCACAUUCGACAGGCCAGAUCAGAAAAAGUCUCAAUAAGACCUUAGGGCUGUCUUCUCUUCUUGCCUAUUGCUGCAUUCACCAAGGGGCUGAUCGGGCGUGUCUGAUUGCAGUAAUUGGACAGUCAAGGCUUUGCUCAGAAGCACACACCAUCAGGCGCGUCUGAGAGGUUAAUCAUGGCGUUGCUACCAGCCUUACUUUCCCGCAGACUACCGUACCGCUAUACGCCUUUAGAUAAGGAUCAGGUGCGCCUGCUUAAACUCUGGCCUGGCGAAAGAACGUCCCAGCUCUCCUGUUCACUCCAGAAUGUGGACCUACUAUCGUACGACGACCACACAGCAGAGUCACCUAUCGAGGGCUUGAGAUCGUUCGAUACCAUUUCGUACGUCUGGGGCAAGGCCUCAAAAAAGGUCGAAAUUAUGUGCGAUGCCCGAACUAUGCGGAUCGGAGCCAACCUUGCGGAUGCACUUCGUAGAUUUCGUGACUCGAAGGAAAUCACCAUUUUAUGGGUAGAUGCACUCUGUAUCAAUCAAAAGGACACCGAUGAACGUGCAGCACAAGUACAGCUAAUGGGUUUGAUAUACUUCAAGGCACGUCAAGUCCGCAUAUGGUUGGGUCGAGAUCACGAGCCAGUGUAUUGUGCUCGUCAUGCCGCUACACUCAUUCGGAAGUUCGCUUUCUCAUAUCGAAACACGUUUGGGGUUGCUGCUCGAGAGUUGAGUGAACAGUUUUUUCGGGAGCAGAGGGAAGCCAACGACGUGAACUGGAAAGCUGUACGACAUCUCCUGCAGCGCGAAUGGUUCGAGCGAGUAUGGGUGGUUCAAGAAUUUGGACUUUCUAGAGACGCUACGUUCUACUGCGGAGAGACUCAGAUUAUCCAAACAGACUUGUGUGACUUUGUUUACUCAUUGUUUAAUUCCAGAUCCGGGCUUUGGAUCUCAUAUGAGAUCAACAAUCGACUACUGCUACUGGGUCAGAGAUAUAAAAGAGCGACUCGGAACGACGACCGCAUCGAACUUGAAUCGAGCCCGGAAGAGGCUGAGAAUUUCCUAGACAUACUUAGCCAGACGCGCGGUUUAGAGUGUACGGACGAAAGGGACUCUAUCUUCGCAUUUUUGGGACAUCCUUCAGCCUUCAAACAACAUAGAUUCGACGCCGACCCUUACCGGUCGUAUUCCCAGAAUUACUACGAUGGAAGACUGCCCAUUAUUCAACCAAACUACGACAAAUCGGCAACUUUUCAUCAUGCAUGUAUAAACCUUGCCAUAAACGCAGUAAAAGAUCGCGAUCUAGGUCUUCAAUUGCUUACGCAUAUAGCCCACAACGAGAAUACUCUGAGCCUCGAUAUCCCAUCUUGGGUUCCAUUAUGGAACGUUAUCGAUCAAGGGUCUCACUUUCACGGAUGCAACAGGCUAUACCACUCAUCAGGUUCUCUCAGCCCUACGUCAAUGAAUGUGUAUACUCCUGCCGGCAAUACUUUCCUCAGUCGACUAUGUCUGCGUGCUUCGCGACUGGCUACCAUCCGCUAUGCUGCAACCGAUAAGGCGACAAUAUCCGUCCAAACAUUGGUCGAAACGUUGUUCCCCGAGCGAGCCGCAGGAGCGAGCUACCUCAAACAACACCCUUUCGACUGGCCAGCUGCAACAUCAAGAACCCGAACCUCCGCCAACGAUUGGGCUGCGUUGGCCAUGACACUGACCGCCGGACUGAUCACGACUGAUACAGAUCUGGUCCCCGUUCCAGCCGAACCACACAUAGACCGUCACAUCAAUGGCUUGGAGUGCUACCUGCGGCGACACGAGCGCGGCCCCCCACGGAUACAGUGUGAUUUUGAGGACGACAUCGGCGACAACUUCCACAUGGAUCUUGAUUUGGCUGGAAUUUCGAGGGUGUUCUAUGUUACCACGAACAAUCAUUUUGGUCUGGCACCAAUGGUCACGCGAGAGGGAGAUCAGGUCUGGCUGCCGCGAGGUGCUCCGAUGCCUUUUGUUUUACGACCACUUAGCCAAGGCGUGUUCAAGAUCUUAGGCCAGGCGUAUUUACAUGGGGUCAUGCAAGGCGAGAUGGUUGACAAAAUGACGGAAAAAGCUUUCCAAACUGUAUUGCUAUGCUAGAAAUUUUACCAGUAUCAUCUAUGUAGGACGGCUCAAGAAACGUAGAGAAAGCGGCGAGGUCAGGCUGCCGAGCUAACGAUGCCACUCGGAACGCGGUUUCCGACCUUCUCUACGCUUUGCCAUUUCCAGACGAUAGCGCAGUCAGGGUCCAUUGCCACGGGCCACGGACGAUGAUGUUGCAUAUGUAAGCCCUCAU